GAUAUGUUAGCAGAGAAAGAUUCCGUAAUGGAAAUGGAAGAGGGAGAUACUUCGGAGGAAGAGGCCCCCGAGGAAGAAAUGGAAGACCCUGAAGAAGAAUCUUUUGAAGAAGAACCACAAGAAGUGCAGGAGCUUUCACAAAAGUUAAAGGAGGUAGAGGAGGAAGUAGAAGAAGAGGAAGAGGUAGAGGAGGUAGGGGAAGAAGCACUGGAGGAAGUCGAAGAAGAGGAAGAGGUAGAGGAAGAAGAGUUGGAGGAAUUCGAAGAAGAGGAAGAGGAAAAUGAGUUGGAGGAAGUUGAAGAGGAGGAGGAGGAUGAAGAGGAGGGAGGAGAGGAAUAUGGAGGAGAGAAAAUAAUGGAGCAACUUGAUGAUCUGGAAGAGGAGGUGGUUAAAGAGGUUCCUGAGCCGAUUAAACAGAAGAAGAAGCAGAAGGAAUUUGAGGUUUUCGUGGGGGGUCUGCCGAGGGAUGCGACAGAGGGGGAUUUGCAGGAGGCUUUAAAGAAGGCAGGAGAAGUCAUUGAGGUAAGGCUAGCGAAGAUACGCCGCACGAAUAAGAACAAAGGUUUCGGUUUUGUGAGGUUUGCAACUAUCGAUCAGGCAAAGAAGGCUGCCAAUGAGCUUAAGCACAUACAGAUAAAAGGUAAAUCAUGUGGAGUAAGGAAGAGCGAUGACAAUGAAACCCUUCACCUAGCGAACAUAUGCACUACUUGGACAAAAGAUAAAUUAGUUGAGAAAUUGAAAACUUUCAAACUGGAAAACCUUGAAGAAGUUCAUCUGAUAGAGGAUCCUUAUAAUGAAGGGAAAAAUAGAGGCUAUGCAUUUCUUGAUUUCAGCACCCAUUUGGAUGCUGUAGCAGCUUGCAUUAAAUUACAUAAAAGAAAUGUUUACUUUGGUACAGAUGUCAGAGCUGAAGUCUCUUUUUCCAAGACUAUAGAGCCAGAUGGAGAGGUCAUGGCCCAGGUAAAGUCUGUUUUUGUUGAUGGUUUGCCUGCUUCUUGGGAUGAAACCCAAGUGCGACAACAGUUCAAGAAGUUUGGUGAAAUUGAAAGUGUCCAGCUUGCUUGGAAUAUGCUCACAUCCAAGCACAAAGAUUUUGGUUUUGUCAGCUUUACAACAAGGCAAGCAGCACUGGAUUGCAUGGAGAAGGUCAACAAAGAUGGUAUAGGUGAAGGAGAUCGGAAGGUCUUAGUGAAGGUUACUUUGAAAAAGCCUUUGCUGGGAAGGAGACCUGCAACAAUGGGUGUUAGGAAAGGACCCAUAUUUAAAAGAUUUGGCAGGGAUUUACAUUCACAUGGAUCUGGUCAUUCUCUUUCUGGUAGACAUGCAAAAUCACAUAAUAGAUAUUCUUUUAGAGGACUUGGUGGGAGAAGACUUGGUGACAGGUCUAGGGGCCUCGAUAGUUAUUCUUCUAGAGGAGUUGGUGUUAAGGGUCAGCUGUCUCCACCCACAGGGAAACACAGUCCUUGGUAUAGGAAGAAAAUUGCUAGGGAUGUAUCUGCUGUCAGCCGCAGAAUUUCUAGAGAUCUUUAUUCAGGGAGCAGUUCAUCAGGCAGAUAUGCACUUGAGAGUUACCAAGAUAUGCCAACUGCUUAUUCCCAAUCUAGGGGACUGGAUGCUGAAGCUAAUGUCCAUGACUGUUGAUUUGAAUGCCGCGAGACUUAUGAUUAUCCUGCAGUAUCUGGAUAUAAGCGUUCCUACUCUGAGUUAGAUCGUUACUUGUUGGCAUCAAGCUCCUUGACAAGUUGGGGUAGAAGCAGAUCAGAUUUGGAAGCGGGUGCUUAUUCUCACCAGGGUGGUUCUGCAUAUGAUGGGUAUUCCAGGUUCCUGCCAGAUGAGCGGCUUGGCUAUGAUAGAAAGGAGUAUUCAAGCAGGGAAUAUGGAAAUAGAUAUUUUUCUGGAACUGGUGCCUAUAGAUCAUACUAUUGAAAAGAGAUAUCCGUACUCAAGAUCAUACAUUGACAUGUAUAUCAGGGAAACAAAUUACAAGAAGUGUUUUCAGCUUUUACCUGGAUGACUGCAGCCAUCAAGCCAGAUCAGAUUGAUAUCUGCAAUCCUUUACCUGCUCUUUGAGGGGCUUCAAACUUUAUUAGCAAAUUGGGUGGCAGCACCUGCUUCAGGAUUAAAGUCUGCUCAUGUUAUUGAGGCGCGACAAGUGUAGAUACAUUUCUUUCAUUUGGUAGUGCUAAAGGGGUUUUUAGCUUGUAAUCAGCACUUUUUUAGCUGGGUGUAUGGGGAAUUUUCUGCAGGGAGAAAGCUUAUCAGUUUCUCUGGGUGAAGCUCACUUGUGUAUCCUACAUGGUCACAUUGCAAAGAGUUUUAGCAGUAGAGCUUCACAUUUUUAUGGUUCAUUAUUUUCCUUUGAAGCAAUUAGUGAAAAGUUUAAAGCUGAUCUCUUCAAAUGUAGGAAAAAACUAGUUCAUCUCCUAUGAUGAUACCCUCAUGGGAGUAUGGGACUCUCAGUUCUGUUACUAUCAUCGGCUGUCUGGUGCAGUGUUUCCAAAACCAGAAAACCGGAAGUCUCAGUAGGGUUACUGGCUGAACUGCCAUAGAACCAGCGACGUGUGACUGGAUGCUGAUGACCAGUUUAAUAAGUGGUCUAGUAUUUUUCUGGCUUGGUAAUCCUUUUCUAUCGCAGAUGGAAUUAUAUGGUUGCCAUCGGGAGAACCUGCCUGCAUGAGUAUGGCAUGUCUCCCUUUUCACCGCAAUGAACAGGUUUAAAUAUAUUAAGUUUUCACUGCACUUAGCUAUAAGAAAAAUUUGGGUUUGUAUAAGCAGUCUCAUGUUGUCAAUGUCUAGCUUCACUAAUUUAUGUGUCCAGGAUUAAUUCAAAAGAUAUUUUAGGUUAAGAUAAUAGCUUAAUCAGUUCGAUUGAAAGGUUGUGAUUUUGCUGAGCUUGAUCAAGUCUGGGUAUGAUAAAGUAUUCAUGGUUGGCUCGAAAUUAAUUAUGAAACUUGAAAAUUGAGAUGAAACUAAGUUUGUUUAUUA